AUGGCAAUGGAGGUGGAGUAGGGCUCGCACUACCACUCCCGUCAUGCUCUCCUCGUGACGGAGGAUUUCCUGUGACGCCCUCUUCCUUGAGGGAAAAAGAGAGCGAGACGGCGCUGCUGAGCCUGCUUAGCAACCGGGGGGCCUUCUUGCAGGGCCGGAGAGGCCUCCUCUUCCUCCUCGGCGGAGCAGCCAUGGCGUCUGGGUGCCGGAUAGGCCCCUCCAUCCUCAACAGUGACCUGGCGGCCCUGGGCGCCGAAUGCACCCGCAUGCUGGACUGCGGGGCCGACUACCUUCACCUGGACGUCAUGGACGGGCAUUUUGUCCCAAACAUCACUUUUGGCCAUCCUGUGGUAGAAUGCCUUCGAAAGGAGCUGGGCCAGCAGCCCUUCUUUGAUAUGCACAUGAUGGUUGCUAAACCAGAACAGUGGGUGAAAUCCAUGGCUGCAGCAGGUGCCAAUCAAUACACCUUUCACAUAGAAGCUACGGAUAAUGCAGGGGCACUUAUUAAAGACAUAAGAGAAAAUGGGAUGAAGGUUGGUUUGGCUAUCAAGCCUGGAACAACAGUAGAAUACUUAGCACCAUGGGCCAAUCAGAUAGAUAUGGCCUUAGUUAUGACAGUGGAACCUGGAUUUGGUGGACAGAAAUUCAUGGAAGAUAUGAUGCCAAAGGUUCAUUGGUUGAGAACACAGUUUCCUUCCUUGGAUAUUGAAGUGGAUGGUGGUGUUGGGCCAGACACAAUUCAUAAAUGUGCAGAGGCAGGGGCAAAUAUGAUUGUGUCUGGGAGUGCUAUAAUGAAGAGCGAUGACCCUAGAGCGGUGAUUAAUUUGCUGAGAAAUGUCUGUUGUGAAGCAGCACAGAAGCGUUCUCUUGACCGAUGAAAUCAGACUGGUAUCUAUUAAGAGCAUGAGAACCAUCAUGAAAGCAGCAAGACAGCAACACUGAAGAUUCAUUCCUCCAUUGUCAUGAAGGAAAUAGAAAACGUGUUAGGACUGUCUUACCAGUUGGGGGUAUAUUCAUAUAGUACAAUUGCUUGGCCUGAGACAGCAAAAUAUGGACACUUCUUGCUUGAAGAUUGUAUGUGGUGGUUACCAUGGAAGACAAAUGUAUUUGAAACCCACAUUCAACAUACAUUAUACAUUCCUUAAUCUUAAAUACUUGGAAAUAAACAAGAUGAGGGAAGUCUUAAGAAUGGCUGACCUUGCCAAUAAAUGUUAGGUCCAAGUCUUCUAAGGUCCAAAAACGUGAGUAUAAAAUGAACAAUUAAAUGGAGAGGGAGAUAAAGAGACAAAAGUCUACUUGAAAAUCUCAUUAUGGAAAUACCAAAAUAAUACAGGAUUUUUAAAUAAAAAAAUACUCUACUUUUAACUGCAGUGUUUAUUUGCUCCUUAAAGUUAAAAAUGCCAGGUGUUUUGUGGAAAACCAUAUUGCAGAAAUGCAUCAUGAAUCAAAUAUAUAUGCUUUUCACAAAUAUUCCAUUUCAUAAACAUUUUUACAAUGCAAGCAACUUGUGAAAUGUUACUAUUUUGUCAUUUUCUGCUGCUCUAGAGUGCCUUUUGACUGGGAAACAUCUCUUCCUUUACAAGUUGGGUAAAUAUGUUAAUUUCCAUCUUGAGAUACUUGCUAAUUGAAAAUAAAAGUUCUGCCAUACAGAGAAA